AUGUUUUAUUCAAAAGUUAACCCUUUCAUUGUUCAAUCAUUUUGCCAAAGGAGAUUGAAAUAUGAAUCUUUAGACCCAAACUCAAAAAGUUCAAACUACUCAUUAAUAUGCUUAAAUUAAGAUUUAACGUUAGUACCGACUUACUUUAAAAAUUUUGGCUCUAACUCUAAACUUUAAUUUUUAUUAAAUCCGUAAUAUCAAACAGUUAUUUAUGAUUCAGCUUAUAAUUUAAGUAGAAAUGAAAUUGUUACCAUACAGUAAAUUGAGACAGACUACUUGAAAAAUCAAAGUUAGGCAUCAUAUUUUAUUAGCAUGAUUAACUAAAAUAACAAGUUUGUUUUAAAUAGUACUAAUCAAUUUGAUAUUGUAGGAUUUAAUUAUGAAAAUUAUUAGCAAAUCUUCGAAUAUGAACGGAACUCGACAGAAUGCAUUGUAUUACAAAAUUAAAUUACAAUAAUUGACAAAGUACCUAAAUUUGAGACUCUCAAAUUAGUGGAUCCUUCUCCAAAAUAUUAAAUUAAAAAUGCAUUUUUAUUUUUAAAUAUUCUUUCUAAAGAAAAAAUGCUUUAAUAUUGUAGCAUUUUGCAACAAUAAAUCCAAUAAUACAAUUUUUUAUUUAUGCUGAUAAGCUUAGUUUGGAUGAUUUCUAUAUUAUUCGUAUAAAUAAUAUACUCUUUCUUAUUAAGCUAAUAGACUUUAAAGCCUAUUAUUCACUUAACAAGCAUAUUAAAAUAACUAAUUGAUUAGGAUGGUAAUGGACUAAACUAGAAUUUUUUGCAAUCAUUUGAGAUUCUUAAAGUGGAAGAUAUUUCUGAUAAUAUCAACAAAAUCUAAGGGAAAAGCGAAUUAUCAGCUGGUGAGUAUUUCAAAAUUAAUUAAAGCAAAUAAUGUUUCUCAAGUGAUACAAAGGAACUUUUUGAUAGUUUUAAGAAUCUUUUCAAAGUUUUGGUUUUUACUACUUAAAACAUAUACAAAGAAAACGAAAGCACAUCCUUAAUUAAUCUAAGUAUUGAGGUUUAACAUUUUAAUCAAUUUAAAAAUCAUCGAGCAAUUGGUGUGUGCUAUAAUAACAUAGGAGUAAUCCAUUAUAAUGGCGGUAGAUACAAAGAAUCAAUAGAAAACCUGUAGAGAUCUAUUAUUAGUGCAAAAUACGAAUUAGGCUUUUAUAAAAAUUCAUUUUAAGAUCACUAUUUAUAUGUUGAUAAUGAAGCAAGUUAAUUUAGUUAAGUUUAUCAAAAUCUGCUAAAUUAGAACAAUUACGAACUUUCUGUAAAAAGGUUUGAAGAUGGGAGUAAAUUACUAAAAGAAAAUGAUAAAAGUGAAAAUGGUAAGAUCCUUAUCUUUUGGAGUUUAUACAAUAGAACAAUUAACCUAAUAAAAGCAUUAUUUUCUUAUAUUACUGAAAAUAAUUUAAUAGAUUUGUCUGAUAUGUUAGAAGAUAUUAUUUUGGAUGUAGAGAAAGUAAGCCAAAUAUAUUUAAAUCCAUGCUAAAAAAGAGAAAUACUUAUAUGCUAUAUGAAAUGCCUUACUUACAAAUUGUAAAAUAACCAGAAAGGUUAUUUUGAUGUAUUAGAAAAAUGUAAGGAGCUUUACAUAAACCAUCGAAAAACUAAGAAAUUUAAUUGCACAGCUAACUAAACGGAAUAAAAUAACAUCUUGAAUUAAGCUGAAGAAGAGAUAAAUUUUUUUUAUUAAAACGGCUAUCAUACUCUUUUGAGUUCACCUAUGUCAAAUAAAAAAUAAAUUAAGAGAAGCAACUUAUUUAAAAAGUAUAAAUUAUCCUAAUAUUAAUUGUAGGAACCAGCACAAAAAGAUUAAUUAACAAUAAACCCUAAAUCUUUGUUUUAGAAUUCAAGUUUAAAAAGAUUAAAAAGAUAUACCCUAAUUUCAGAUAAUUAAAAAAGUAUAUGCUAUCAUUUAAAAUAGCAAUUAGCAAAAAAUAAAACUCACUUCAAGAAUUAUCAACCUUUCUUUUAAGUUAGAAAAAAUUUAAGUCAAAAAAAACUAUGCAGAUAUUAGUUUAGUUCUGAUAUUUUAUUUCAAUAUUUUGCUUUAGAAUAAGUAAAGUUUUAAAUCAUGUUGCAAAAUUACUUUAAUGCUGGAUUUAUUAUAACAAAUUUAUUAGAAAAGUGUGUUUAUUAUCUUCCUUUCCUUAAAAUAAAGGCUUAUAAACUAGCUGCUGACCUAUUUAAGCUUUCAAACAUUUAAAAUCCAUAUUUAGAAGAAAUUUUAAAUAAAUACACAUAAUUGGCAUAUGCAAACAUUAAAGUAUGUACAAUUUCUGCUUGUCAAAGUAAAUAUUCUUAAUUUAGAUCCUAUGCAUUGCAAAGUGACUUAAUCAAUGAUAUAUUAUUUAACGAUAAAGAUUAAUUUGGUCUAAUUAACUAUUCCUUUGAAGAGAAUCUCUAUUUUUAGCUAAUUUAAUGGACAAAUAUUCAAAUGAUAAAAUCAAAUUAAAAGUUUUUUUAAAACAUAUAAUUUAAUUGGUAGAAAGAACAACAAAGUAUAAACAGUUACUCGGUAUUAGAUUUAGAUAAAAGCAGUUGUAAAACAAAAUAUAAUGAAAAAAUUAUUUCAUCGCGAAUAAAAAGUAAAACACUAAGCACUUAAAAUGAGCCAUAAUUUACGCCUAUCUAUUCAUAUAGUAAAACUAUUAAAACAAAUUUGCAAUUAGAAGAAAUUAAAGAUAGAGAAUGUUCACCUAUAGAAUAAUAAGCAAAAACAGAUAAAUUAAAUACAUUUUUUUAAGACUUUUCUCAUGAUAAAACACAUCAAUUUUAAAUGAUUGAUUUCAGGCAAGCUAGCUUACAAUAAAGUUCCUUCAUAAAUUAAUCCAAACAGGAUUAUUCACCAAAUUAAUUCAUGAAAGAUUAUGUUUUAACUCCAAAAAUAUCUUCAUUCUGCAAGAGCCCUGUUGAAAGUAGUGAUAAGUUGAUUAAAAAAGAAAUUCUUUUUGAUUUAGAAACAAAAAAAAGAAAAAAAGAAGCAUUUUAUGGAAAAUAUUUGGAUAGCAAGUGUCUAUUAUGUGUAUCUAAAUAGACGAAUGGAUAAUUUUUAAACUAUUGCAAUUACUCAUGCUAAACAACCAAGCUAUCUAAAUAAAAUAUUCUAAAUUUUAGUAGUUAUAUUUAAGAUAUUGAAGAUACUUAAAAAAAUUAAAAAGAAAACAAUUAAACUAUUAAUAAUGAUAAAAUAUGCUUAAGUGAUGUUUUUGACAAAGAAGCCAUAAAAAGUGAAAACGCUGAAAACAAUGAAAGCAAACAAAAUAGUUUCUUUUUAAAUACUCAUUAAAAUAAAUAAAAAAAUCACCAAAAUAACAAGCUCACUUUCCUAGAAAAUCUUGGAUUGAAUUAACAAUAAACAACAAAUUUUUCAUUUACAGAUUUGAAGGACGAAUAAAAAUAAAGUACACCUUAUAGCCAAUGCUAAGGUCACAAGUAGGAGAUUUCUGCAGAAUGGAUAUUUCAUUAAGGAGUUUAAGCAGCCUUAAAGUAGUUUAUUUUGAAUACUGAUCAAAAAAUUUAAAUAUAUCUCUCCUAAAAAAAUUAUUCAAAAUAAAUGAAGCAAAUUAACAAAAUUAACGGAUACCAUACUUAUUUGCUUUUUAUUACAGACACCAAGUUGGAGAUCACAAAUUAACUCCUAUUUUAGGAACUCACUAAUCUUUUGGCAAAUUUAAAUGUAGAACUUUUGGUUUUAUUUUUAAAUUAAAAUUAGGCAACAGAAGAGUUUUCUACUCAUAUUAAUGUUUUUAUUGAUUAAAAAUCAGUAGUCACAUUUUUUACUUCGGAAGAAAAACUUUUGUAAUACAUUUACAGUUAAAGAGAGCAUGUCAAAAACUAUUUAUUUCCAAUGAUUUUUGAGCACUUUUGA